CAUUGCCAAUCAAACACUGGCAUUGUAACGUAAACCUCACUAUAAUCAUAUGUUAAUUUAACAAAUUAUUUUCAGCUGUUACAUUCACUAAUAUGAUCAUAAAGUUGAGUAUAAAGUAAGAGGUUAGUUCAUAUUCAAUUUACAAUUUGCAUUGUUUCUAAUAGAAUAGAAGAACAUUUUUGAUUUAGUGAUACAACAGAUCAAAGUGUGAUUGGAGUAAAAAUAUUUGUAACUUUGAGUCUAGAUUAUAAUUUUUGGACGAUUACUCAAAAUUUCUGCAUUAGAAUAUUUAACGCUUGUGUCAUAGACUAUUAUUGUGCCGACAUCUAUUGUUACUUAAAAUGAGUGAUGUAGUCGAGUGGUUGACAUCAUUACCAAUAUUCACCAGAUAUUGGCUGCAAUUGACAGUGGCAGUGUCUUUAAUUGCUCGCUUUGGUAUAGUGAAUAACCAAUAUUUGAUUUUGCUUUACGAGCCUUUAAUUAGCAAAUUUCAGAUAUGGAGACCGAUGACUGUGUUUUUCUAUCCUUUGACACCACACACCGGUUUUCAUUUGAUGAACUGUUACUUUCUGUACAAUUACUCCCUGCAACUGGAAAACGUUUUUGGAGGUCGACCAGCUGAAUAUUUGUUUUUGCUGGUGUUCAACUGGAUAUGUUGUGUUAUCUUGUUGUUGCUCCAAAUUCCCGUAAUGUUGGACCCGAUGGUCAUGAGUGUAUUGUACGUCUGGUGUCAACUGAACUCUGAAGUGAUUGUGCCUUUCUGGUUUGCGCGGUUCAAAGCUGCAUACAUUCCAUGGCUGAUGACUGUUUUCAAACUGGUUGUUUCUGCAGGAGGAGCUGCUGAAUUGUUGGGCAUACUGUUGGACACCUAUUUCUUCCUGAUGUUUAGCUAUCCGCAACAGAUAGGAGGACUUCAGAUCAUCAAAACGCCGCAAAUUUUCUACGACUGGUUUCCAAAUCAGACAUUUCGUGGUUUUGGAGGAACGUUAUGGCAACCCCAACGGGCAAAUGGAGGUGACUUAAGAAGACACAACUGGGGUCAAGGUCAUGUUUUGAGAGAUAACCAAUGAUGUUUUUUGCAACAUAUUUUCGUCACCAUCACAAAAUGUUCUCUGCAACUUAUUUUUGUCACAUUAAAUGUAAUAAAUGAGUAGCUCUUGCAAUAAAUGUA